UCGAAGGAACAAGUCGCAAGGAUACCGAAGAUUCGACCAGGAUAUCGGUAGUGGGGAUCGAUCGAUGAUCGUACCACAGUUAGAAUUCGAAGCGAACGGCGAACGGUCGGUCAGUCGUGUUGUCAGAAGUGUCAGAAGGAAGUGUCGCGGCGACACGAACGUUCGUCAGGCCGGCGUCGUCAGUCGUGGAAAGGAAGCGGAUCGGCACGAUCCGCACGCGUCGUCGCGCAGUAAACUCCUGAUCGGAGUGUUCCUUGGCAUCGCGGUGUUCACCUGUCAUCUUAUCGAUUCUUAUCUACGAGCAGUCUGCCGAUGCGCCACGUGCGCGAUGGGCAUGAUGGGAAUGUUCAAGUGGCUUAGAAAGGAUGUUAUACAAAGAGAUCGAAACGGAUGGAAUCUGGCACAAAAACAGUGUGGCUUAAAUAACGAAUCUUACCGUAAUGCAUUGCAAGCAUUCAUAGAUCGUAGACGACUUUCUGACGACGUGGAUACGGAUACACCGGCUAGUCCAGAUAAAAAGAGAGCCGAUCUUUUGACUAAAAAUAAUAACAAUAAAUGUGACAAUGAAAGAAAAUGCCAUGAACUAAAAUCGUGUGUUCUGGGUGUGCCACGUAUACCACCGUCGGAAAUCUUUGAAAUCGGAUGGGUAGCCGGGACGGAAGAUCGAUAUCUGGAGUUAAUUUUUGCCGAGUGGCAAAAUACUAGAGUUUCUUUGAAAAGACACUCACACCCAGAAUGUAAAGAUGCUGUAAAAGCAGAUUUAGAUGUACUUUCAGAAAUUCGACACCCAAACGUGCUGUUAUUGAUGGCUAGUACCUUCACAGACGACCAUGGUUUAGUCUCAAUUUUAGAAUCCAUUGAUUGCACCCUUUAUCAUUAUAUACACGAUCAGGGUGAACGUAUAUCCAUACAAGGUAUCGCGAGAUGCGGAGGAAGACUGUCGGAUGCAUUGAGACAUUCUCACAUGCGCGGAUACGUGCAUACUGCCAUCAACUCGCAUUGCGUCUAUUUGGCUUCUAAUGGUAUGGUCAAACUCGGUGGAUGGGAAUUGGCGAUGCACGUCAAUAACCCAAAACCAGAAAGGGAAUACGAAGAACGUUUAAGAACCGAGAUCUUCCGUUGGCAAGCACCGGAACUUUUUCGUAGUUACGAGGCACGAAAGGAGAGCGAUGUCUACGGACUAACUUUGUUAAUUUGGGAAAUGUGUACAAUGCGUGUACCAUGGAGCGGCUACAGCAAAGCAGACGUGGAAAGACAGUACAUGCAUUGGAAACGAGGUGUUAUUAUGGAUUUAUACGAUUUCCCACCAUUGUUGAAUAACUUAUUGGAAGCUGGACUGCAAUUGGAUGUGAAUAAAAGAACGUUAGAUAUGAACAGAAUGCGCAGAUUUCUUCAAAGGCUAGAGAUGCAAUACGAAGACGAAGAACCAGUUUACAUUGAUCAAUAUGCAAACAACAACAACGAUACUGGAAAGACGUUUGUUUCACCAGUGACACGAUCUCCGAUGGGAAUCUCCAAAUCCAAGAGUUUAAAAUUAACCAAAAGUGCUUCAACGAGACAGUUAUAUCCUGCGAGAAAUCCAGAAUCACCAACGAGCCAAUAUUUAUAUUCAAAAAGAUCAAAACAAACCCGAAGCGUCAAAGCCACAGCGCACAUCGAACAAGUAAACUUCUUUGGCGAGGAUGUUAAACGCACCACUAACGAUAACAUCCAGAAAAACAUGAAUGUGCUUUGCAGUGCGCAUAAUAAUUAUAAGAAACAUAACUAUCCGAAUUGUAACAUAGAAACGUUGGAUGUUGCUCCGAACGAUGAAGUUAACUCGGAGGCUUCCCAACCAUGGAACAGCACUUACAAGAAGGUAAAAGGACCGCAAGAAACCAUGGAAUCCAGAAGUACAUCGGUGUACUCGUCACCGUUGUUGGAUUCCACCGAUGACGAGUCCUUCAAAGAUGCCAGAACCAAUUUGAAACAGCUGAAGAAAGUAUUGGCGAACAGAAGGGAACAUUUCUUCUACGGCAGCGAUUCGUCGCACACCUCAGCGGAUACGAGUCUAAAUGCAAAAACUGAAAUACUCAAUCAAACAAAAAGUAAAGACUAUGAACCACAUAAACCAGCCAGUCAUAAGACUAGCUUGGAACCAAAAUACAAUAAAUCUCCCAAUCAAUAUGAUCCUAGUUAUAUGAAAUCAUCUUUACAACAAUGUCGUAAAAUUCCUUAUUUGCACACACCUGAAAGUAUUAAAGAUGCGAUAACGCAACGAAAAGUAUUAAAUUCUGAUCCCCAAAGCUUUUUCGAAACUUCAUUAUGGAGAAAGGAGAAAUUAAUCUGCAUAUCCAAAAUGCGGAAAUCAUAUUGUGAUGAACCAUCACAAUAUACUGCACAACAUACAGACGAUAACGAUACAGUUUCAACCGAAACUUUUACCCUAGCUCAAACGAACGAAUAUACUUCUCCAGCGAAAAGUGAUAACACUUAUGUGAUAAAUAAAACACCAGAAGCUGCUGAAACCGAAAACAACCAAGAAAUAUUAACUCAGAUUUCCGGAAAUUCAAACGAUUCGAUGGAAACUAUAAGUCCACGGAGUAAACCAUUACAAGUUUUAAAAGACGCCUUGGAUCGAGCUACGAAGAUUGUACGCUCCGUCACACCGAACACCGAUGAAUCCUGUCCAUCUCCUCCAUUUAAGUCCUUUCAAGAGUUUGAAGACACAAUGGACAAUGGCCAAUCCUGCAAAUCUAUCUUCGAAGACUUAUACAAUUUACGAAUGAAUAGAGAUAACGAAAAAAUUAGAAUAAUUGAAAGAGAUACAACAAAGGACGAAUCGUUUCUGUUCAAUAAAAACAAUAUGACCAGUAACAAAGUCCAACAAAAGCCUGGAAACGAAGUUACUAUCAGUAUUAAUAGUCGAGAAAAAUCCAGUUGUUCCUAUGAUGCAUCUUACAACAGAAGUUUUAUCUGCGAAUCAAUUGCUGAAGUGUCGAGCGAAUUUAAUAACUCAUGUAAUGAUAUAAAGUCGGAUAAAGAAUUUAGAAAUGAUGAAACAAGCAAUAUUAAAGGAACUGUACAAACAUCCACAAUGACGAUAGAUCAAAGUAGUGUUGAUGAUCGGAGAGAAGUAAAGGAAAACGAGGUGAAGGAUUUUAAUUUGAUGUUUCUAAAUGAUAGUUCGAAAAACAAAAAUUGUAAGUCGUGUUAUCACAAUGCUUUACCAAGAAGACGUUCUUUACCAGCAGCAUUGAACCAAUUGAGAUCAAUGAAUAACUCGGCUUUAGGGAAAUUACCAAUACGCAGAGGGGAUGUUCCUGACAGCACUGUUGAAGACCUAUAUAUAGACGAUGAAUUUGGCGACAGUUUAAACGUUAAUAUGGUCCUAUUAGACGAAGAUUUAACUGUUGACGAGGAUUUUUUAACCAAGAUAUCGGAACUAUAAAAUACUAUGGAAUAAUGAUUAUAAUUUACGUUAUUUGAAAUAUUGCUGAUAAUUUAUUAAAUUUUAUUUUCAAACA